CAGCUUCAACUUUACUGUGUUUUUUUGUAAAUGUGUUAAAGCAGUUCAGUGAUGUUGAUGUGUGUUUCAGCUCAUGUUCCUCUCAGACUGCGUGGAGGGGGCGGCCGGUGCUCUGGGAGGCUGGAGGUGUAUCAUAACGCUGUGUGGGGCUCAGUCUGUGAUGAUCUCUGGGACAUCAGUGAUGCUCAGGUGGUCUGCAGGCAGCUGGGUUGUGGAGCAGCACUGAGGGCUGAUGGGAAUUCAGUCUUUGGUGCUGGUGAAGGUGUUGUGUGGCUGAACAGAGUCCAGUGCAGAGGGAUUGAGCUUCACCUGUGGGACUGUCCUCUCUCCCUGAACAACCACACUGACUGCUCCCACAAAAAGCACGCUGGACUCACCUGUGCAGACUUGCCGGAUAUAUCAGUGUCCACUACUCCUGCCACAUCAGCAUCAUCUUCUGCUGCAGUUUCUCAGACAGUGAGCUCAACAUCAGUCUCUCCUCCACAAACUGGUCCAGAAAGUCUCCCAGUCCCCCCAGUGCUGCUGAUUGUACUGGGAGUUGUGCUCUUAUUGCUCUUAGUGCCGCUGCUUAUACUGAUUCAGCAGAACAGAGUGAUGAGGAGAGCUCUCUCUAAGAGGACACACAGGACCACCACUGAGGCUGUUUAUGAGGAGAUUCAGCACAAACACAAUCACUUCACUCACACGGAAUUCCUGACAGACAACCACAGGCACAGAGCUGCAGGGAGUUUAAUCUCUAAAGAACUCCAUUCUGGAUAUGAAAAUGAUGACGAUUUUCUUCCAGGAGAAACGAUGAAGGAAAUCACAACAGGAUAUUAUGAUGAUGUCAUCACUGAUGGAUUGAGACCAGAUUAUGAGACAGUGGACACACCAGAGCUUUACGAUGAUGUCAUCAUUAUUGGACAGAACCUGCAGAGUUUAACCGGUGAGUCACACAGAACUGCACUUUAUUAUCAAAGGCUAAUACUGAACAUGCAUCUAUUGGUAUUAAAUCAUCAUGUAAUUUUUUGGAAGUUUUAGGCAGUCGUAAGCUGCAAUAAAAAUGACAUGGGUCUUUUCAGAUUUUAUUGAUUUAAUUGUAACUAUGAGAGCUGAACUGGUUUAUGUUUUUAAAAACAGACUGAUGAUGUGGAGGAGUCAAAUAAAGAGGGUUCCAAUUAACUCAAUGCCCAAACCCGCUACUUCUGCUCAGGAAAUCAUAAUACAUUUACAGGAGCUACUGGGAGUUUCUUCUGUUUCUACUAAUGCAUCAUUUCUAUGUAUUUCUUUAAUAUUUCUAUAUGACUAGACGGUGCAUUUUAGUAUAUGAUUUUUUUUUCUAUUUGACUUUUAUUGGUAUAAAAAUGCAUUUCAAAAUAUAUUUAACUUUUUUUCAUGUUACAAAGAAUUUUAAAAAGACAAUCAGAAGAAAGGGGGAAAAUUAAGCAAAAUGCUAUGAUUAUUUAGGAAGGCACGUUUAGGCAGUUCAUGUGCUGACAGCAUAAUCUACCUAAAAAUAUUGAUACAUUGAUAUUUUUAUAGAUACUAAGUAAUCAUAUUUACUG